AUGUUCAGAAGAAAAACCCGAAAUUCAACUGCCUACACCGGCGUGGGUCAGGCAAACAAUGCCGUCCAGCAGCCGAACACAAAUGCUAUGGCAGCAGCAUUAUCCAUUGGCGAGAAUUUGAGAGAAACCCAGCCGGCAAAAUACGGUAAGUCCCGGACCCUGUCGCUUAAGAACCAGGCCCACACCACUCGCUCUGCUGGCAGUCUUUUGAAAAGAAGUCCUUCGGUACAAGAUGGUGGAUUCCGGCCACCGGUCACGAGGACUUCCAGGGCUGGCUCCAAUGCCUCGAAGCGGAAUACAAGUAUGCUGUCCACUGGCUCUACAGGCAAGCGUUUAGUGUAUAGUGUUGAUGAUAGUUUCAACGACUCGUUAUUAGAGGAAAUGGGCAAAGAAGCAGACGUCCACUACUCUAACCGAGCCAAGAUGGAGGACGUGAAACUCAAGCAUAGACCUGCCGAAAAGCCUCCUGUCAAAAUGGUCAAAAAAUAUAUUCCGACCCCCAACGGAAUCAAGGUUGUGGAGGUGCCUGAAUCUUCAAUGCAGCAGGAGAUUGCUCGCUCAAAUUCAAUGAGAUCAGGAAUGUCUAUCAAGCGCUCACCUCUGAUGCAGAAGACCCCGCGUUCAGCAUCCAUCAACUCCACUUCGCGUCAGCCCACACAUAAAGUGACUCGCUCGACAGGAUCAAGAUUAUCUUCAUUAGUUUCCCCUCCUAAAAUCGAAGAGAAAGUGGCCGAAGAAACCCGUGAAGGAGCCAUUGACUCAGCAACAGAGAGGCAACAUGAGAUGGACCAGCUUCAGAAACUGAUUGAAAGUGAAAAACGAUUGGCUGAGGAAUUGGAGCGCAAACGCCUUGAGUAUGAGCGCUUGAAACAAUUGAGACUAGAGAAUGAAAAGAAAAUGCAGGAGUUGAAGAAACUCGAGGAGGAGGAAGAAGAGGCUGUGUCACGCAGCAUGUCCCCAGUUGCGGAACAAAUUCCUAAGGAGCACCCAAUUCCAAAACUUGCAACCGACAUUCCUGAAUCCCUGGAGAAAAGAUCAGACAUCACAGUGGAGCACAAUGCAGUCGAGAAUAAUGCAAAAAGUAUAGAGGUUCAACACAACGACAAUGACAUGAAGAAGAUUCUGCAUGAAGAGAAUAAUGUUCAGAAACUUGAAGGCGAAGACGAAGAAGAAGAAGAAGAGGAAGAAGAAGAGGACGUACCUAUAAAACCAUUGCCUAUCAUUGUCGAUGAGCUUGAAGUAAAGAAGAAUGAGGGGGAUACAUUGAAACCUAGUGAUGACCAUCAAGACGGCCAUUCCAGCUUGUAUUCACUUGAUGCUUCAAAUACUGAAAUUGCAGCUACCUCAUCCCUAUCUGAAGCUAGUGAUUUGGAUAAAGUUUUGGAAAAGGUACUGAAACUGAACAAUAAAGCGGGUGGCGAGGAUGAGUUUGGCAUCGAGGAAGUUGAAGACACUGAUUCCCCCAAUCUCGCGCACCAUCUUAGACCUGUUUUUGACCCAGUAACAGAUGAUGUUCCUGCCAUAUCUCCUACUUUCGAUCCAGUUCCAGAAAUUAUUGAAGAGGGCUAUACUGACUUGAAUUUAACUUCACAUUCCCCACCAAAUGUUGCCAGUUCUCUCCAAUCCAUCACAAGUAAUGAAUCACGGAGCAAGCCCAUUAAAUCUGCGAUGAAACAACCAAAAGCGACAUAUUCGAAAUCCCCUAAGAGUGAAAACGAAAGUCCAGCACAUCAAGCAUAUCUCUCCUUGACAACGGCAGAAAAUACAAGGUUAAACUCAAAGUUAUCCAACUCUCAACUUGGUGACGCCAGUGACCUCCCACCAGAACAUCAUGUUAAUCCUCCAAGAUCACCUAACACCGUGCAAAAAAGAGUCUCUCAGACAUUACGGAAGCAACCAAGUGGUGCUAUGUCAGGUGGCAUGGCGGGCCGCUCCUUAAGACCUGCAUCACAAGCAGACUUCCAUCAACCACGUACACUUGCAGCAAGCAACGGUGGAAUGAGUGCAAGAAGUUUCAAGACGCAACCACAACCAAUUGCGCCGCAUCCCGCAUUACAACCAAAUUACCAGUCACCUUCCAAAUUGAAGGCAGCCGAUCUCUAUGCCAAGGCCAACAGUCGACCAAGAUCGGUUUUCCAGCCUGUUCAAAGGAAAUCAUCAUUCUCCAAGAAUGCUGAUCAACAAGCGAAACCAGAAGCUGCAAGGCCCGUGUCUCAUAUUCAGCACAGGACUACACUUAGGGCACCAGCGUAUUCUAGUCCUUCGGCAAGACCAUCUUAUGAGCAACUGUUUGCUGGGAACUCGUCGACAGCUCAAGAGAGCAAUGGCGGAUCGCGCUUCAAAUCUCGUUUAGCUGACUCCGAUGAUGAGGAUGCUGGUCUCUCUCAUUUCAAGGGUGGAGAGGGUUUCUUGUCUCGCUUUAGUGAUUCAGCUGACGAUCUAACAAAACACAGUAAUGUGAGUGGACAAGGAUCUUCAAAUGAUUUGGCACAAGCACCCGUAACUUCGCUUCGGAAAAACGAGAAUGAAGCACCUAAAGAAGGAAAACAUAAAAAGAAACGUUUCUUGAAGAAGCUUUUCGGCAGAAACUAA